AUGGAAGAGGAAAUUGCUGCCGCUUUGGAAGAACGGCUGCACGUGCAGAACCCUGAGUGCGGACAUUGCAGCCAUUCGCCGCCCUGGCCCCUCAUUCGUCCUGCCCCAUCUUUGACCCGUCCAACCACAAUGAUCCUCAACUCUCUGACGCGUCGGGCUGCACCUGGUGUGCUGGCUUCUUCUCCAAAGCGGGGGAUCUCAGUUCAGUCGUUGUUGCAUGGGUCUCCGGAGGCGAAGGAAGCGGGGGAACAAGAUACCCAACAGCAUUCGCGACUCGUAGGGCGGGGAAAGUACAUCCAUGACAUUGAGACUCACCGCGUGAAACCGUCCUGUAUUGACGAGUACAAGAAGGCUGCAGAGCGUUACUACAAGGGCAUCCAAGAGGAUAGCAGACUAUCAGUGAAGCUCAGUGGAAACUGGGAAACCCUGGUUGGGAACCAAGAUAGAUUUGUGCAUAUUACCGAGUACGAGAACUCGGCUGGGUAUGACAAGGCAACACAAAUUCUGAGGGGCUCACUAGAACAUGUCGAAGCUUACAAGGCGAUGUUGCCUUUCCUCACGAACCGUGUAAAUCAACUGAACCAGGAGUUCGCGUUUCUCCCAACGGCACCUCCGCGCGCCGAAGGAGGUAUCUUUGAAUUGAGGACUUAUCAGUUGAAACCUGGGACCCUACUUGAGUGGGAGAAUACCUGGAGGAGAGGUAUCGAAGCACGGCGGAAGUCCGUCGCUCCCGUAGGCGCCUGGUUCUCCCAAGUUGGGCGCCUUCACCAGGUCCAUCAUAUGUGGCAAUAUCCAAGCCUUCAGGCACGCAAAGACAUUCGGGAGAAAGCGUGGCAGAUCGAUGGAUGGGCAGAAACGGUCUCAAAGACCUCGCAGCUAGCGUGGUCUAUGGAUGCUUCGAUCCUUGUACCGCUCUCAUUCAGUCCCCUCAAAUAA